GAGUGAAGGGCUCGGAGAGCUUUUAUGCAUUGUUUCGCAGAUGGUCGAGCAAGGUUUCGCACUACACCUAUGGUGGCUAUGCGAUCGUGAUGCUACUGCUGGGAGUCUCCAUGAACCUCUUCGUCGUCGCGGCCACCUAUGCAAUCCGUGGCACAAAAUGA